AUGCCUACUAGAUUAACUAAGACCAGAAAGCACAGAGGACACGUUUCUGCCGGUAAGGGUAGAAUUGGUAAGCACAGAAAGCACCCGGGUGGUAGAGGUAUGGCCGGUGGUCAACACCACCACAGAACCAACUUGGAUAAAUACCAUCCAGGUUACUUCGGUAAGGUCGGUAUGAGAUACUUCCACAAGCAAAACGCUCACUUCUGGAGACCAGAAAUCAACUUGGACAAAUUAUGGACUUUAGUUGACGAAGAAAAGAGAGACGAAUACUUGAAGUCUGCCUCUGCUUCCGCUGCCCCAGUCAUUGACACCUUAGCUCACGGUUACGGUAAGGUUUUAGGUAAGGGUAGAUUACCACAAGUUCCAGUCAUUGUCAAGGCCAGAUUUGUUUCUAAGUUAGCUGAAGAAAAAAUUAGAGCUGUUGGUGGUGUUGUUGAAUUAGUUGCUUAA